AGACUACGUACUUGGGGUUUGCAAAAAAGGUUGCCUUGUACUGUGUACGUAGGUCCGUCUUGCCCCUCCUAAUUUUUUUUUUGAUUUUAUAAUUGUCGUCAUUAUUUUAUUAUUUUUUUACAGUUUACUCCUGAUCCCUUUUUCUGGUACCUCAGACGGAGGACGGAUAGAAGUUUGCUUGUUACAUCCGAUCCGUUAAGUCCGGAUUAUAGGUUACUUACUUUACUUGGUAUGGCACUGGACACGAGACGAGGGCCGACUUUGCUUGCCGGCUGGUCCGCGAGUUAUGUUCAGAAUUUUCGUGUCUCUCUUUUGCCCAGUCCGAAGGGUGUGUUUUAUUUUUAUUUUCAUUUUUUUAUUUCCUUGUCUAACACUAUUUGGCGUUGUGCCUUUUGAUUGUUGCUAUUCUUCACCGUAGAGCGUUAUCUACUUAUCAAGUAUCGAUGGUCACCCACCCCUCUGAUGUUGAAUUCCACGAGCCAGCACUGCUCGCUUAAUUUUCAGCCCUUUGAAAAUGAAAAAUAAAAGAUUUAAUUACCUAGAAAUCAUGGCCCGCCUUUCCCCCCCUUCUUUUCCCUACACAACAUCCC